CCCCAGGUCCUGGUUCACGAGCCAUCAACUUCCUGGAAGUCUACUCUCUCAGGCGACGUCUAUCGCUCCCUCAGUCGACACUAUGGCCCCGAGGAAAUGGAACGCCAAGAGCUGGUCUAUGCUUUCUGCACCUCGGAAAACGCUUUCGUCAGGUCAGCUCGGCGCGUCGUCCGUACAGUGCUACUCCCCCUGCGCUCGCGAGAGUCCCGUGCAUGGCUCCCUGGGCUCCCAGCUGAGAUCGCGCGGCUCUUUGACUGGAUCGAGGACAUCGUGAACUUGCACGCUGCGAUCGCGCGCGCUCUCUCCACGGUGGCGGCGAUAUGGCAGACGGGCUCGAUCGUGCAGCGCGUCGCAGGCACGCUGAAGGGCUUCGUUCCGCGCUUGGAGACGUACAUGCCGUAUCUGGCGAAGUUCGAAGGCAUGAAGGAGGUUGUACGGUGGCACGCGGAACAGGACGGAGGGGAGUUCGGCGAGUAUCUGAGGAUGGCAGAGAGGGAGAGAGCGGAGGACGAGUGGCCCCUCCAAAAGUUGUUCGAUGAGCCCUACGCAAGGCUGAGGAGUUACCUAGACGUGUUCCAGGUACGUCGUUCGCAAAUCCUGAUGAUGAGUCAGACUGAAGGAAUCUCUUAG